GCUUGGAACGAACCUACCAUCAUGCCUGCUGCUGCACUCCCUCCCGUCGAAACCAUAAAUGGCCUGAAUGAAAAUGGCAUCAUCGUCAAGGUGAUACAUUCGUGCGCACAGGACCACGCAAAGCUGUCCCAACUCGGGCAGACUUUCCUCAACUAUUUCAUCCGUCCCUUCAAGAAGUUCAAAGGUCGGACGCCCGCCCCCUCAGAUCAUCCGUCACGCCCGUCGUUUGAUGUACUCAAGAGGGAUUUGAGGUCUAAAAUUCGGGAGGCACCAAAUCCCCAUACAGAAGCAAAGGAUCUCGCUCUUGUCCGAGACGGGUUUCGGUGUGUAGUGACCGGCUCCUAUGAUCACAACACAGCACCGUGUUACACACGGUGCGCACACAUUGUGCCGGAAUCCACGUAUUUUAACGUAUCUGACCAAGGCCCGAGCAACACAAAGCUCGACUAUGCCGCUUCAGUGCUAGCAGUUUUAAAGCGUUUCGGCUACGACAUUGAACAAACCAAUGGUACUAAAGUACAUUCUCUUUACAAUGUCAUGACCAUGGAAGUACCGACGGCGAUUACCGGCGGAGGUAACAUUCACCACCCCAGAUCAAGAGAAUCUGCCCGUCCAUCCGAGACACUCCUCAGUCUGCAUGCUGCUUGUGCCAAGGUCGCGCAUCUUUCCGGGGCAGCCGAAUACAUUGAUAAGCUUGACCGUGAUGUGGAAGACUUGAGUGUAUUAGCAUAUAAUGGAAGUUCGGGUGAGGUAUUAAGGAACGCCCUCUUGAAUCACAUGAAUCAAGUUGUUGGCGUUGGCGCUUAAAAAUGCCGUGGGAGAUAUAUACCUGUUACGAGUCGGCCUGUAGCCCGAUAACUUUUACACUUGUUCCUUAAUAUCGAAUUAUGAGAAGCCGACGAGGAUCUUCAAGACCGUUGAACACGGUCACCCAAGGCGAGCCACAAGUACGGCCGGGGCAUAGGGGGAUGAAAUACGUACUGCUGUCAGCGAACACUGCAGAUUAGACAGCAAGUAUAAUGCAUCCGUGUCAUUUUCAUGAUUCGUUAAUACGGAAGUUGUGAACCUGAUGAGAACAUAACAUCUCAAAACACAGUGAACAAAAUGCGAAGUAAUUUGCAGGUUGCUAUUAUCCGAAAG